AAUAAAACUCAUCUGAUGAACUAUGAAUUGGGAUUGAUUACCACCAAUUGUAAAAAGGGAUUAAAUUAGAGGAUUCACAUCACCUGCCAACCAAAUAAAUUCACAUCAAUAAAUACACCAUCAGAUCCAAUGAGCAGGUUGAAAUCCCCACGUUCUUCCUUGUACCUGCAUAUCUCAGUUUGUCUUAAGCCACUUAAAGAUAUGGUAAACCAAUCAAGAACCCUGAGUACCAACAAGAAAAGCUUAGUGCACAUAGCUAAAAAGGGUUUCAGAGAUCUCUUGUGGAGACACAAAUGCAGAAUAUGUUCCUGCUGCAGUACACUUUCUGCAGUAUACAAAAUGCAGAGGAGGAUCGCGUCACCGAAUGCUGUUCGAGGGAGAAGAAGGUCACCACCAACUGCUGUUUGCCCUUCGUUGGUUAUGAAUUAUAAUCAUCCGAUAUAGGGUUGUCUUUACAAUCGAGACAUCUGUGGCCUCAGUUGCCACAGCAUGGAUUGGUAAGUUUUUUUCAAUCUGGUCUUUCUAGCUCCCAGCGGAGUCAGUUGCAGUGUGUAGUAAUUACUUUGAAUCUUGCAAAUAAGGAUUUUGUUAUGGUCAAUUUGCUACGCAGGAUAUACACUCCGUCACCUCCAUGAAUCCAAAGUUGAGCAAAGGCUUGAAUCAAUUGAGAAAGCUGUGAGUUUUGGUACCCCAAAACAGUUUUAAGACAUAGGGUGCUUCCUUUGUUUGCCUUUCAUAGGUUAUAAUAACCUGAUAUAAUGCAUUCCUGGUGUGCUGUAGAUGCAAAACAACCAGACUCUUGAACAUGCUGAGCCUAAGAAGCUGGUCGAUCCAGGAGGUUCUCGUUAUACUACACAUGUGAUUACUUCUGUUUUAUGAUAACUCAAAAGACCUCAUCAAGCUUGUUGAAAAGGUGAGGACUGUAAAAAAGGUUUAUUUUGGUGCUUUCAUCGAAUUUUCGUAGACCAUGGUUUAUGGUUGCUUUAAUUGUUCCCCGAACUACUUGACAAGAGCAAUCGAUGAAACUGAGAAGGCAUCUCAUUUGAAUUUGGAAAGGUAUGGUCUUCUUUCCAAGACAAAAUGGAACACAAUUAGAACGUAGAGCUUUGGCUGUAUGCAUGUCUUCCACCGCCUGAAAGGCAUAAUUUGUCCAUGACAUGAGUGAAUCCCAUUUAUAAGUAAUUAAUGAAUGAUUGAUGUCUAAGUAGAUGUUAUUUGGAAUACUUGGGGAGUUCUUGUAGUUUUGUAAAUGGAAUGCUCCUAUUUGUUCUUAUCUGGAAAUCGUGUGGUAUAAAGUGUGCGCAAAUACUAGAACUGUGACAAGUCUAUAAACACACAACAGCAAAGUCUAUAAACACACAACAGCAAAGUAGCUAAGAUGGCUAGUAAUCUCCAGAUAGUUGUAUCAUUUCUCUUUUGUGGGAUGGCUAUGGUUGAUGCUAUAUCCCAUUCGGAUUCUGUUAGAUUUGUGAAUUUCUCGGCAGCUGCAGCUGGUCAUGGAGUCUGCAGAUCAGUGGUUGAGCCAGAAGGCUAUAGCUGUUCAGAACACAAGGUGACUACAAAAGAUGGUUACAUCCUUGGCAUGCAGAGACUUGCUAGCAAGUCUGGUGGCAGUUCCAGAAAGCCUGUUCUUCUACAACAUGGGUUGUUCAUGGAUGGAAUGACAUGGUUUCUACUACCUCCAGGCCAGAAUCUGGCAUUCCUUUUGGCAGAUAAUGGCUAUGAUGUCUGGAUUAUCCAUGGCCGUGGGUCCAAGUACAGCCGAGGCCAUGUAUCUUAUGAUCUAGAUGACAGAGCUUAUUGGGAUUGGUCAUGGGAUGAAUUGGCAGCACUGGAUCUUCCUGCCACGGUUGAUUAUAUCUAUAACCAGACAAAACAGAAGAUGCACUAUGUUGGCCACUCCCAGGGAAAUUUGAUAGCUCUUGCAGCUGUUUCAAAAGGCCAUCUUGUCAACAAGUUGACUUCAGUUACUUUGCUUUGUCCCAUUGCUUAUAUGCAUCACAUGUCAUCACUCCUCAUGAGAGGAUCUAUUGAUCUCUUCUUCGCCGAGGGAUUUUAUUGGCUGAAAAUUAAGGAAUUUGAUCCAAAUGGGGGUCCUGCUCAGAAGUUUCUUGAAAAAAUGUGCAAGCUGCAAUUUGUGGACUGCAACAACUUGAUGACUGCAUUGUCAGGGAAGAACUGCUGUCUGAAACCUUCUGCAAUGGAUUCUUUCAUGGAAAAUGAGCCUCAACCCACAUCUACAAAGAACUUGCUCCAUCUUUCUCAGAUGGUGAGACGAGGGACAAUAGCAAUGUAUGAUUACGACAAUGAAGAUCAAAAUGUGAAGCGUUAUGGGCAGCCUACUCCUCCAGUGUACGACAUAACCCAAAUUCCUAAGGAUUUGCCUCUAUAUCUCACUUAUGGAAGCACAGAUGCCAUUACUUCUGCUAAAGACGUGCAGAUCUUGCUGAGAAGCUUGAAGGAUCACAUGGGAGACAAACUUAUGUCUCAGUUCGUCGACAACUAUGCUCAUGCAGACUAUGUCAUGGCUGAUAAUGCUAGGGAAAAGGUUUAUGAGCCUCUGCUGGCUUUUCUUAAACUGUAUAACUGAAAGGUGAAGAACUUAAGGUCCUUUGGUUAAGUCUUUCAAUUGGGAGACAUAUUUAUCUUGAGUUGUCAUUACACUUCUGUUGUAUUUCAUUAAUUGUAACACCAAUAUAAUAAAAGGAAACUUUACAUACCUCCGAGACUGAGAUCAAGAUGUUCAUUGUUUUGAUGAGUUUGAAUGAGAGGAGGGAUUCAGGUAUAUAUGCUUGGGUAGGAAUGGAUGCUUACGCUAAACAACAUGUAUUUCGCAAUCGGAGGAAUACAUUUUCACCAUAUACUUGCCCUCAUAUGAUACGAUGCCCUUUUAUGAACAGUAGCAAUAAGAGAAUUGUUAUUUU